AUGGGCGUGGUGGCAGAUGCAUGGAUGGGCGUGGUGGCAGAUGCAUGGAUGGGCGUGGUGGCAGAUGCAUGGAUGGGCGUGGUGGCAGAUGCAUGGAUGGGCGUGGUGGCAGAUGCAUGGAUGGGCGUGGUGGCAGAUGCAUGGAUGGGCGUGGUGGCAGAUGCAUGGAUGGGCGUGGUGGCAGAUGCAUGGAUGGGCGUGGUGGGACAUGCAUGGAUGGGCGUGGUGGCAGAUGCAUGGAUGGGCGUGGUGGGACAUGCAUGGAUGGGCGUGGUGGCAGAUGCAUGGAUGGGCGUGGUGGGACAUGCAUGGAUGGGCGUGGUGGCAGAUGCAUGGAUGGGCGUGGUGGGACAUGCAUGGAUGGGCGUGGUGGCACAUGCAUGGAUGGGCGUGGUGGCACAUGCAUGGAUGGGCGUGGUGGCACAUGCAUGGAUGGGCGUGGUGGCACAUGCAUGGAUGGGCGUGGUGGCACAUGCAUGCAUGGGCGUGGUGGCACAUGCAUGCAUGGGCGUGGUGGCACAUGCAUGCAUGGGCGUGGUGGCACAUGCAUGCAUGGGCGUGGUGGCACAUGCAUGCAUGGGCGUGGUGGCACAUGCAUGCAUGGGCGUGGUGGCACAUGCAUGCAUGGGCGUGGUGGCACAUGCAUGCAUGGGCGUGGUGGCACAUGCAUGCAUGGGCGUGGUGGCACAUGCAUGCAUGGGCGUGGUGGCACAUGCAUGCAUGGGCGUGGUGGCACAUGCAUGCAUGGGCGUGGUGGCACAUGCAUGCAUGGGCGUGGUGGCACAUACAUGCACUCACACGCACACAUGCACGUGCGGGAGCGUGCGCACCCACACACCUGCGCUCCCAGAAACGCCCUAA